ACAAGGGCAGGCUACUCUUACAAUAAAAUGGCGUCCAAAGAUUCUGAAAUAAAUACCAGCGACGUAAAAUACCGGUUGCUGAAUAAUACUACUAAUAUGUCAAAUCAAAUGAUAGAAAAUAGAAUGUGUGGAAAUAAUUCUGAAGUUUCCAAUGGUGGAUUGGAGCCUGAGCCUCCUAGCAUUCCGAAGAGAAGACAAGAAUUGUUAAAGUGGAAUGGCUGGGGCUACAAAGACUCGAAGUUCUAUGUCAACAAAGACGGCCAUGUUGAGUUUACGGGCGAGAGGUAUCGAAUCAGUGGAAGUACGAUGCCUGGUCUGAGGGAAUGGAUGAUCAAAACCAUCGGCAUAUCUUUGGAGCACAAAACUCCAGCUCAGCCUGAGAUAUCAGCCGCCAACAUUCCACUUCCUAUCAAAAAUGAAGGUUUCAUCUCAGAAUUAAGGCGCACAGCUAUCUCCCAGUCAGACGACUGUCAAGACAGACUCUUCAGAGCUCAUGGACACACAGUUCAUGAGAUAUUUUUACUGCGAGAAGGCAAAUAUGAGCGCAUUCCGGAUCUUGUCGUGUGGCCAGUCAGUCACGAGGAAGUUGUGAAAGUGGUGGAGUUGGCCUGUAAACAUAAUGUCGUGGUCAUUCCAUUUGGUGGUGGCACCAGUGUGUCUGAAGCUUUGGAAUGUCCAGCUGAAGAGAAAAGAAUGAUUGUCUCAUUGGACACAUCACAGAUGAAUCGUAUUUUAUGGGUGGAUGAGAAAAACAUGACAAUGAGAGCAGAGUGUGGAAUUAUUGGACAAGAUUUGGAAAGGAAGUUGGCAGAGAGAGGUCUAUGCACAGGACAUGAACCAGACUCUAUGGAAUUCAGUUCUCUGGGUGGUUGGGUGGCAACUCGUGCCUCUGGGAUGAAGAAAAAUGUGUAUGGAAACAUUGAAGACUUGUUGGUUCAUGUUAAGAUGGUCACCCCCCGUGGUGUCAUGGAAAAGAACUGUCAAGUCCCACGUAUGUCCUGUGGUCCAGACAUUCACCAUUUUAUUCUAGGAUCUGAAGGUACACUUGGUGUUAUCACUGAAAUCACUCUGAAAGUUCGGCCCCUCCCACCCUGUAAGAAAUACGGCUCCAUUGUCUUCCCAGAUUUUGAGAAUGGAGUCAAGUGUAUGAGAGAAGUGGCUAAACAGAGGUGUGCCCCAGCGUCCAUUCGUUUGAUGGAUAAUGAACAGUUUCAGUUUGGUCAUGCUCUAAAAGUCGAGUCCAAAUCGAUUUUGUCCAAUUUCCUGGAUGGUCUAAAAAAAUUGUACAUCACCAAGUUGAAAGGUUUUGAUCCAAUGAAAUUAUCAGUCGCCACGCUGCUGUUUGAAGGCACUAAAGAGGAAGUGGCGGCUCAAGAGAAGCGUGUGUAUGAAAUAGCUGCUGCAUUUAGAGGCAUACCAGCAGGAAGUGAUAACGGCGAGAGGGGUUACAUGUUGACCUUUGUCAUUGCGUACUUGCGGGACAUUGCCUUUGAUUAUUAUGUGGUGGCUGAAUCCUUUGAGACCUCGGUACCUUGGGACAGGUGUUUAGACUUGUGCCAGAAUGUGAAAGAGAGAUUACACAGAGAGUGUAAGGACCACAGUAUACAGUUCCCUCCUUAUAUUACAUGCAGAGUCACCCAAACCUACGAUGCAGGAGCAUGUGUCUACUUCUAUUUUGCCUUCAACUACCGAGGAAUCAGUAACCCUGUCCAGUUGUAUGAGGAGAUUGAGUCCAGGGCUAGAGAAGAAAUCUUGGCCAACGGAGGCAGUAUAUCGCAUCACCAUGGAGUGGGCAAAAUUCGCAAGCGCUGGUUAAGAAAAACUGUGGGUGACAUUGGUCUCGGCACUUUGCAAGCAGUAAAACAGUAUAUCGACCCAAACAACAUCUUUGGGAACAACAACCUAAUGAUUAACAACAGCUCCAGUGACAACUCGCAACAGGAACCACAGAAUGUUCUGCUGCCCUCUAAACUUUGACCUUCUCUAACCUUUGUCCCAUUUUUUUUUUUUUUAAUUAAAAAAAAAAUUCUUUAUGAUAAUUUUGUUUUAUUCUGAGACUGUUGAUUUUAUGUUGUUAUUUUUUUUUUUUUAAAAGAGAAUAUGUUUUUUUAAAAUGUGUGUUUGACAUGUGCGACAUUAUGACUACGCUAGUCUUUAAGUAAACAGAUUAAACUAGUCUACUACGAACCAUUUAGACUGAAGUGGUCUAUAUUGUUACAUUUGCUGUGAAUGAAUACAAGUGUUAGAUUGGAAGGACUUUAUGGCAAUGUUGACAUUACACUGGCCAACUUGUACCUAUCCUUCGCUGUUGUAAGGAUUGUCUGCAUCUACUUUAAGCUGUCUUAUGCUUAAGGCUGUAAAUCCUCUUUGUAAACAUAGAGCUGUAUUAUGAUUAGGACAAUAAGGUGUCUUUGAGCAUGUAAUAUUUCAAGCUGUUAUAUUUGACUAAAUGUAAAUUGCUAUUCAGAUAGUUAUGAAUCAUAACUCAUAUUGUCUACACAGUCUAUUUGAUAUCCAAACUUUGUGACGACCUGAUUGUAUAAAGUAGAUACACAUUAUUUUAUGACUUCUUCUUACUAAACACUAUAUACAUUUGUUUUGAAAUACCUAGGGAUAUGAUUUUUUUUUUUUUAAUUUUAUAUUUGAAGUAAAUAUGGGAUUUGCUUCCCUUUGAAUAUAUACAUUUAAUACACAUGUCCCAGCAGUAACAAGCAUUCUCAGUAUGUUGAUUAUCUAUAUAACUGUGACAGUGAUAUCAGUGGAGAUGUUUUAGUUUAAGCUUCUAUUAUCUGUCUGCAUAUCUCUGGUCAUGUGCUUCAGUUUUAUCUUUUGCAUAUUGCUGUAUUAUCUUGACCUCAUUUGUAGUCUAAAUAUAUUUGACCAAAAUAAUUUAUUAAUCUAAUGUGUAAUGUGACAAUGUAUAUCAGGGUAGAAGCUUCUCUCUUUUUGCUCUCAUUAUUUCUAUGUUGUUGUUUUUUUAAAGCAGUUUUUGUGGUAAAGAUUGUGUAUACUAGCUGUAGAUGUCGAUGUAUUUCAGACCUUGAGGUCAGAGGUUAAAUACUAUUGGGGUAUAUCGCAACGCGUAGAUAUUUUUUAGAUAUACAUAUUUUACUGUCACAACUGCCUUGCAAUUAAACUGUAGAAGAGAGGAAAAAAAAGGUGUUUGCCUAAUGCAAAUUCUACUUUCAUUGUCUGCCCUUAUUCUCUUGUUAUUUGAACUGAAUAAGUAAUGUCACUAACUCACAAAGCUGUUUUAGCAAAUUCAGCUGUAUCUGAUAUUCAUGUUGUAAAGAUUGACACAUGGAAAUGAAUUUUUAAAUAUUUAUUAAAGCCUUCAUUAAAUUAAUUAAAAAAGACAAAAGAAAUGAUGCUACUCUUGUACAGGGAUUCUCAACCUGUGGGUUGCGACCCCCUUGGGGGUCGAUUGACCAUUUGCCAGGGGUCGCCUAAGACCAUCAAAAAUAUGAAUGGUAUUGUCUACUCUUCUAUUGCUGUAUGCGUGUGUGUGUUGGUGGCGGCAGAGUGGGGGAUUGUAAAAGGGGGUCGCCGAGCUUAAAAGCUUGAGAACCGCUGUUCUUGUACCUUUUAGUUAAAUGUAAUAUAUCUUUUCAAAGAGGAACUGACUAUAAUGUGUUCUAAUUAGCUUAGGGCAUUUCAUUAGUCAGGCUAUGAUCAUGGAAAUUCAUAUUGCUAUCCAAAGUUUCAGACUGUGGCGUAGGCAUGUGCAAAGGGGGUUAUUGUGCAUGAGUCCACAACCAUUAACGGCCUACUGAAGCCCUAAAAAAAUGUAAGAAUUGACAAAUUAUCACAUUUAUAUUGUUAGAAGUUGUUACUGAAUUGAGCGUUAGGACAUUUCUACUUGGACAUGGAAGUAUAAGGGCCGCCCUUAGGUCAAAGGAGGCCAUGGACGAAGUGAAUUGGGUGCGUCCCAAAUGUAGAAUCAUAGAAAAAUAUCCGUUCAGAUGUUGUAAACAGUUUUUUUUUCAGUUCAAUCUAAGCGUCGAUAGCACAUUGACGAUCUAUAAUCAUUAGACUAGAAAUAACGUUUAGACAUUUCACCGAGAGGAAGAAACAAUGGUCUUCAAACAUGGCUGCCUAGUUUGUCCAUGCCUAAAGCUGGCUUUUGUAGUACCUUCAUUGGGCUGCCAUUUUUUUUAAAUAUACUGAUACAUUCACAUUGACUAGUUAUUUUUUUUGUUACGCUUAGACUACUGAAGGGGGUCGACCAUCAUUUUCUUGAAGCCUGGCACAAGGGUAACUUGCUACACCACUGGUACCAUAUGCUGUUAAAAAUGAGUAUUCAAUUAGAUAUUGCAUAUAAUGUAUUCUACUAGCAUGUCUGUAAUUCACUCAUGUCCUUUUACCAUUCAGUGACAUUUUGUUAAUGACAUUUGUUGUUUUAUGUGGAGUCAGGGGUAAAAGUCAGAACUUUGAAAUCCCAAUUACCAUGUGUCUGGUUUAAACUGAGUCUUGUUGAAACUUGAAAGAACCUGUAUGUUUAGUAUCAAUCUAUCCCUACUCAGAACAUGGACACUUACAUUUGUUUACAGAAGGAAUGUUUUCUAUUUAUAAGAUUGUCUGAGAUCAUGAAUAAAGAUACUGUUUGCCAUUUUACUGGCCAUGUACUAUUCUGAUUGUAGAUGGCCACAGAUUAAAAGUCUUGUAUUUAAAGCAGGGUCCUAUAAGUCAAGUCUGUAGAUGUGAAACAGUGACUAGUCUAGUGUGAGCAAGUUUUAAAGUGCUGUAAGUGAUGAUAUGUGAUGAGUUUUUACUAGAGACUUUUCAAUGCAUUCAUUUCACUUGAGAUUUGUUGUUUUCUAAUGUCAAGUAUUUGUGUGGUUUUUAUAUUAUUAUUUAAAGGAUAUUUUUUUUUCCAGUUUUGCUGUAGUCUGUUGUCUACUUUGUUUUCAUCAUCUAUUUGUAAAGUCUAUCCCAUUCAUAAAGUUUGUUUUUUAAUGUCUGCAGCAGACGUGAACUUUGUAGACAUGUGAACAAUAAACAAUUGAUUUUCUAA